UGGACUGUGAUGGGAAUAUGUAAGCCAAAUAAACCCUCCUCUCCCCACGUUGAUUAUGGUGAUUAUCACAGCAAUAGAAGGCAAACUACAAUGGUGUGGGAAGCUGCUACAGAGCCAAGUACAGCUGAAAGGCCGUGACCUCCUCACCCUGAGGGACUUCACUGGAGAGGAGAUUCAAUACAUGCUAUGGCUAUCUGCAGAUCUGAAAUUCCGGAUAAAGCACAAAGGGGAGUAUUUGCCUUUGAUGCAAGGGAAAUCCUUAGGAAUGAUUUUUGAGAAAAGAAGUACUCGAACAAGACUGUCCACAGAAACAGGCUUUGCUCUCCUGGGAGGACACCCUUGUUUUCUUACCACACAAGACAUUCAUUUGGGGGUGAACGAAAGUCUCACAGACACGGCUCGUGUGUUAUCUAGCAUGACAGACGCAGUGUUGGCUCGAGUGUAUAAACAAUCAGAUCUGGACACCCUGGCUAAGGAAGCAUCCAUUCCAAUUGUCAAUGGACUCUCAGACUUGUAUCAUCCUAUCCAGAUCCUGGCUGAUUACCUCACACUCCAGGAACACUAUGGCUCUCUCAAAGGCCUCACCCUCAGUUGGAUAGGGGAUGGAAACAACAUCCUGCACUCCAUCAUGAUGAGUGCUGCAAAGUUCGGGAUGCACCUUCAAGCAGCUACUCCAAAGGGUUAUGAGCCAGAUUCUAAUAUAGUCAAGCUGGCAGAGCAGUAUGCCAAGGAGAAUGGUACCAAGCUGUCAAUGACAAAUGAUCCAUUGGAAGCAGCACGUGGAGGCAAUGUACUAAUUACAGAUACUUGGAUAAGUAUGGGACAAGAGGAGGAGAAGAAAAAGCGUCUUCAGGCUUUCCAGGGUUACCAGGUUACAAUGAAGACUGCUAAAGUUGCAGCAUCUGACUGGACAUUUUUACACUGCUUGCCUAGAAAACCAGAAGAAGUGGAUGAUGAAGUGUUUUAUUCUCCUCGGUCAUUAGUGUUCCCAGAGGCAGAAAAUAGAAAGUGGACAAUCAUGGCUGUCAUGGUAUCCCUGCUGACAGACUACUCACCUGUGCUCCAGAAGCCAAAGUUUUGAUGCUGUGAUGCAUGCCAAGAGAAAAACAAUGCUCUUUAGGAACAGAAUAAAUCAGUUUAUGGGAAAAGAGAAGAAUUUAAAAUGUAACAAAUCCCUAAUACAUGGAAUGAGUAAUAUAUGUUAUUGCUUUGUUAUUGUGAGACUGUCUUGAAGCCUCUCGUUUAAAUGCCAAGGCACUUUAAUAUUCUGCUUGACUGGGUUGAAACUCACUCUUCAAUUCACCAUUUCUGAAUUACAUUUAGGUAUCAUAUUAAUUAUCAUACACAUUUCCUUCUAUUAAACAUAAAUCACUAUGCUUACAAUGCAUAAUGUCUAACUCAUUAAAUGCAAUCUAUCCUUAUUACCUUAGUAAAUGACCAUUCAUUUAUAAUUUACAAUUUUCAGGCUGAUGAGGAAGACAGACAGUCACAGAGAGAUCAUGAAAUUCUUUAAAAAUAACAACUUAACCAUACUGAAGUAUUUUUCCAAUCAUUUAUCAGAAGAUGGUAGUCCUUCAAGAGCAUACAUUCCUCUGUGUAUUGACUACUUUAUAUUACAAGUGGAAAGAAGCUCUGUUAGCGUAUGGUGAAGCUAUGGGUACCCAUCCAGGAAUGCAGGUCCAUUAGAGACUGAUGUAGCCCUUGAUUCCAAUUUUUCCAGGAGCAAUUUAAUUUUUUCACAUCUGUGUUUAUCACAAAUCUACUCAUACCACGCAUUGACUAUUUCCAUAAAUCUACUAUUUGCCAUAUUUUAGCUUGUCAUUUUCUCCCUACCUGGGAUCAUCACAAUUUGAAUAGAUCUUCCUUUGUGGAUGAUCAAAAUUUGUGUCAUCAACUGACUAUGAUAUGAUUUUAAAUGUUUUUAGUUGAAACUUUAAAUAAGAUAGGUGGUUGUUCUUAAAAAUAACAAUUUUAGGCAGGACCAAAUAAUGUAAUUUAUGUUAUGUUCCACCUCUAUUUUAAAAAAUGUUUUCAGUCUGGUUGACUGAUAUUAUUUAACAGACAUUUAUGACUUAAAUGAGUAAA